AUGAAAAAUCAACUAGACAUAUCUAAAGGCAGCAGUUUGAUACAUGCUUGUAGAUCCUAUAUAUCAUCACGUAUUGACUGCAUGUUGUUUGGGUUAUUAUCCGACAAAUCAACAACUAUGCCACUCUUAUAUUACCUACGAAGAUUCAAAGAAUGUAGUUAUAAUGAUCUACCGUAUCUUUCUUUUACUCUUCAUCAAAAAGCAUGUUGCUUAUAUAUGGCAUUUUUGGCAUUUAUUAUGCACGAUGUUGCAUUAAAAUAUUUACCUACAUACAUUAAUUUUGCUUUACUUUGGGUGAUGUCUAUUGUAGAUAUUAUAACAUGUUUGCAUCCAAGAUGGCGUAUGGAUGAUCCAAUCACAAAAGCAUUAGUGCACGCCGUGUCAUUCGAUUAUCCAACAGUUCCAUAG